AUGCACUGUAAGCAAAGGUGGCAGAAGAUCAACGACCUCGUCUGCAAGUUCUGUGGCUCCUAUGAAGCUGCAACCAGGAAGAAGACCAGCGGACAAAAUGAGACUGAUGUUCUCAAAAGAGCGCAUGAGAUCUUCUACAACAACUAUAAGAAGAAGUUCACCCUUGAGCAUGCAUGGAUAGAGCUGCGAAACGAACAGAAAUGGUGUGAUCUUUCAAGCUCAAAGCAAGAUGGAAGCUCUAAAAAGAGGAAGUUGGACGAUGGUGCACAAUCAUCAACCUCUCACGCCACUGAAAGCAAGACUUCUGAAGCUGAUGAAGGCACCAAUCGUCCCUUGGGUGUGAAGGCAUCUAAAGGACGUGGUAAGAAGACGACGUUUGAGGGGACGGGGCUGUCUGAGUUUCAGACAAUGUGGUCCAUUAAACAGCAGGAUCUGCAUCCAAACAAUCAUCUGCUCACACUUUCUUCGAGUAUUCUGCAGUGGCCGCGAGAAUUUCAAAAUUUGAAAAAGAAGAAAAAAAAAACUUCUGUAAAAUUCUCCAUUCCAAUCCGUUCAGUUACCGGCGACGCCGCUUCCUUAACCGUCGUGGUCACCAUGUAUAAGAGAGACGAUUACGUUCGAAAUAAACCCGACGGUGUCUUUUCCAAAUGGCAGGGUUUUGCCCGAUCCAUGCUUCUGCCUAAACCCUUUUCAGAAACUGCUGAAUUACGGAGGACUGUAGCUGACUACUCCUUAAUCUCUCGAGAUUUGGCUCCAAAGAUUCUGACAGGAGCCAAGGGUAACAGGGAAGAUUUGAGAGUGGGAAAAGACUUUGUAGGUAGAUACAGAGUUCAAGAAUCUAUCCAGGGUCUUGGUGUAGCUGUCAACAUUCAUGACGCAGAUGACAUUUCUCAUGGUCAAACCGAAAGCAUUAGAACUCGGCUAAGGUCUUACGGUAGACCUGUUCCCUUGCUUAAGAAACUUGGAGACAAUGCGUCUCAAACGAUUACUCAGAAGAAAACUGGCAGCAGAAGCAACGACAAGAAGCAUGGUUUUGAAGAAGAGAGAGAUGUCAGCCGUGUGGAAGCUGAGGAGAAUAAUACUAAUAGUGUUCACGCAUCAUCGGUGCUUAGACUCAGUCGGCCCAGACCUCAACCCGUUUUAGAGAGACAUGAUGAUAUUGUUGAUGGGUCUGAUUCUGCUUCUGUUUGUGGAGUCCUACAAGAAGAUGGUACUACUUGCUUGACAGCUCCAGCCACAGGAAGAAAGAGAUGCACACAACAUAAAGGGCAGAGAAUCACAUGUGCCCCUCCUGUUAAAAAACCACCGUGUGAAGAAGAGACCGAGGAGAUCUGUGGAGUGAUUUUACCUGAGAUGGUACGUUGCAGAAGCAAACCUGUUUCAGGGAGAAAACGAUGCGAGGAUCACAAGGGAAUGCGAGUCAACGCCUUCUUUUUUCUGCUCAACCCAACAGAACGUGAUAAAAUCCUCAAAGAGGAUAAGUCCAAACCCGAGACACGCACAAGCUCAACGAACCAAGAGGAACCAGGUCAGAGUCUUUCAUGUGAAGCUACAACGAAGAAUGGUUUGCCUUGUACAAGAAGCGCUCCUAAGGGAACCAGAAGAUGUUGGCAGCACAAAGAUGAAGCUUUAGACCACAAAUCAUCUGAAAAUGUUAAGUCAACAACAGUAGUCUGCGGCGUAAAGCUGUACACUGGAUCGGUCUGCGAGAAACCUCCAGUAAAAGGACGGAAGAGAUGCCAGGAGCACAAGGGGAUGCGAAUCACAUCUUGAAUAAGCAAGCAUUGUAAGCACCUAGCUAACAGAAGUGUAUGAGUUACACAUAAUAACUAAGUAGGUACCAAGUUAUAAAUAAGAAGCAGCUUCUUUGUUAUUCAUCAUUACAUCGAGUCUCUCUUAGUUUCAUAAAGGCUACAAAGCAAAUUACAUAUCUACAUAUAUGAUUCAUAUCGUUUUCAAAUGGAAUUUUAACACUGUUUAUUUGGAGGAACACAGCUUUAA